AUGGGAGAGAACGGAAAGCUAAGAUGCAUUAUAGAUGAACUUUAUUUACCAUAUGAGUCUAUAGGUGGCAUUAUUGGAAUUUGCACAAGCUUUUACUUGACAGAACAUGAGUUAUACAAACAAGGAAAGGUGGAAAUCAUAAUUUUGGAGUCAAGUGGCAUUGCAUCUGGAUCCUCUUCAGUUCAAUCUGCUUUAAUUACUUCUCAAUGGCAAAACGAAGCAGUGCAACCCUUGACGAAAAUCUCUGUAAAGUUACACCAACGGUUGAGUAGUUUAUAUGAUGGAAAAAACCAAUGGGGAUUCCGUUCCGUACAGCCUUGGCUAAUGAAUUUUAUAAAGUUGAAUGACGGUGUCGCAAAAUUACCGGAAGAGUUCGAUUAUUUUAGCUCUAAGCUUGGAGAAAAAGAUGAAUUUAUGGUCAUCAAUGCCGGGAAAUUUUGUCAAAAGCUUUUUGAGAAAAUUCACGAACGUGGAGUACAACUGGUGUAUGGAAAAGCAAUUCUUGUAAAAAACAAUUGCGUACAUUAUGUGCCAAAAGGGAAAGAGGAUACCAUAAUAUUGGACGCUGACAAAGUUUGUGUGAGCGCAGGUGCUUGGACUGGCUAUAUUCUUCCUUACUCUGGAAUAGGAAGUCUGUUUGCUCAAUCUCUUUUGUUUGAUUUGGAAGGCUCUGAAUCAAAAUCAAAAGAAUAUGUAGCCAUCUGCAAUGUGAAUCCACAGAAUCCAGAAUACCCGGAAAGAAGCAUAGAAGUACACUUUCUGCCAGAUAAUAAAAUGUAUUUGACCGGAGCUACUCUAUUCACUCCAUUACCGAAAGACAAUGAAGCUAUUCGAGUCAAUCCCCAGCAUUUAAUGGACCUAAAAGAAACCUUAGAUCUGCUACUAGCAGAGCAGAUGACGUCCAAAUUGAUUUCUUCCAAAAGUUGUUUUCUCCCAACAAACAGAUUAACAGGAAUUCCUAUUCUAACAGUCUCAUGCUCUGGAAUAUAUAUUGCUGCAGGUCAUGCGAACUGGGGUAUUACUCAAGGACCAGCUACUGGUCUUUGGAUGGCUGAAUUGAUUCUAGAAGGAAAAAUUAAAAGUUUCGAGAUUUGA